AUGAGUAUAUCAUGGUCCCGACUGUGGCCCCGCGUACCGGCACAUAGCCCACUCGCACAACCACAGCCCCGGCUCGUCGCAACGCGCCAAGUCCUCCCCUCCUUUGCCUCCCACCAAAGACGACAGCUCCUCACUCUCGCCAUCGAAAGCUCCUGCGACGAUACUUGCGUAGCCCUCCUCGAGAAGACGGCCUCCGGCGCUGCCCGCCUGCACUUCAACAAGAAGAUCACGUCCGACAACCGGGAAUUCCAAGGCGUCCAUCCGCUGACCGCCAUUGUCUCCCACACAGCCCACCUCGCGCCGCUGAUCAAGGAAGCCCUGCGGCAUCUGCCCGAGGCCUUGCCACCACCACUGCAUAAUGGCAACAGACGAGAUGACGGACAGUACUGGAAGCGUCUGGUCUGGGAAGAUGGCAAAGCACGCCAGAAACCCGACUAUAUCACGGUGACGCGCGGGCCAGGCAUGACAUCCAACCUAGCGGCGGGGCUCAACACGGCGAAGGGGUUAGCGACGGCGUGGGAUGUGCCGCUACUAGGGGUGAACCACAUGCAAGCGCACGCCUUGACGCCGCGUCUGGUGUCUGCCCUGGAACAGCACCAGCGGGAAGAGGAACAGACGACAGGUCAAGGUCAUUGCCAUCCCCGGUUCCCCUUCCUUUCCCUGCUCGUCUCGGGCGGACACACAAUCCUCGUCCACUCUCUAUCACUCUGCGACCACCGCAUCGUCGCCGAGGCCAUGAACAUCGCUACUGGGGACAUGAUCGACAAGUGCGCGCGAGUCAUCAUUCCCCCGGAAGAGAUUGCCACCGAGCAAAACGUCAUGUACGGCCCGCUACUGGAGAAGUUUGCUUUUCCUCAAUGCAAAGAUUCCGAAGAGACGGACUACGAGUACACCCCGCCCCUAACCCGGGCCGACGAGAUCAAAGCCUUCGACUCGGGAUUGGGUUGGGUACUCACGCCUCCGCUCUCCGGUACGACGGCCAUGGCAUACGAUUUCGCGGGUAUUGGCGGCCGGGUGCGGUCGGUGGUCGAGGAGAAGCCGGAAAUGAGCGUCGAUGAGAGACGGCUGCUAGCUCGGCAUACUAUGCGGCUCGUGUUUGAGCACCUGGCUAGUCGGUUGCUGUUCGCCUUGAAAAAUGAUCCGAACAUGGCAGAUGUGAAGACGGUGGUUGUUGCUGGCGGUGUUGCUAGCAAUCGGUAUCUUAUGCACAUUCUGCGAUCCAUGUUGCAAGUCAGGGGCUUCGGCCAUUUGGAGAUCAUUGCACCACCGCCCGCCUUGUGCACCGACAAUGCGGCUAUGAUUGCGUGGACUGGCAUGGAGAUGUACGAGGCUGGAUUCAGGAGCGAGAUGGACAUUCUGCCUAUCAAGAAGUGGCCCUUAGGAGGUAUACUUACGACGGGUGGAUGGAUCAAAAGAGCAUGGGUGGAACAAGACAAGGCCAAGCGAUAA